CUGUCACUCCCUCUUUAGUCUCAAAAUGGCAAAAAUAUUGCCUGAUUUCUCAAUGUCCAUCGAGCUCAAGUAUGUCACCUUUUUGCUCAUCCCAAUCGUCAUGGUAGCCAUAACCACGGAGGUCCUCCGAUUAGGCCCCGGCGAAAUUCUCAACUUAUGGCAAUCAGUUCAUCACUUGGACUUGGUCCAAGUCCUAUGCUCUUCCUUCCUCAUCAUCUUCAUAUCCACUGUCUACUUCAUGUCCAUGCCUCGUUCCAUAUACCUGGUAGACUAUGUCUGUUACAAGCCUCCCGUCAGUCUCCAAUUCCCGCACUCAACCUUCAUGGAACACACAAGACUCAACUUCAACAACUCUAAGAGUGUCGAUUUCCAAAUUCGCAUUCUGGAGAGGUCCGGCCUCGGAGAAGAGACUGCUUUUCCUCCUGCAAUUCACCUUAUCCCUCCAAACGCUACCGUGGAAGCUUCUAGAUCCGAAGCCAACCUCGUUAUCUUCUCCAUCAUCGAUUCAUUGAUGGAGAAGACCGGGGUUAAGCCCAAAGACAUAGACAUACUCAUCAUCAACUGCACAGUCUUUUCGCCAACGCCGUCCUUGUCCUCCAUGGUGGUGAACAAGUACAAGUUGAGAAGCAAUAUAAAAACCUUUAAUCUUUCCGGCAUGGGUUGUAGUGCUGGUGUGAUAUCAAUAGACUUGGCUAGAGACCUUCUUCAAGUUCAUCCCAAUUCAAAUGCACUUAUUGUUAGUGCUGAAAUCAUCACACCCAACUAUUAUCUAGGCAAUGAGAGAGCUAUGCUUCUUCCCAAUUGUUUGUUUCGUAUGGGUGGUGCUGCCAUUCUUCUCUCCAACAAGAGACGUGACCGGAGUCGGGCCAAGUACAGGUUAGUACACAUCGUCCGGACCCACAAGGGCGCGGACGACAAGGCUUAUCGGUGCAUUUUCGUAGAGGAAGACAGUGAAGGUAAAGUAGGCAUUUCACUAUCUAAAAACCUAAGUGUAAUAGCCGGCGAAGCCUUGAAGUCAAACAUGACCACAAUCGGGGUAUUAGUCCUUCCUGCUUCAGAAAAAAUCUUAUUCCUGUUCAAUCUCAUCGGCAGGAAAGUCUUUAACACCAAGUACUGGAAGCCAUACAUCCCUAACUUCAAAAAAGCCUUUGAACACAUGUGCAUCCACGCCGGUGGACGGGCUGUCAUCGACGAGCUCGAGAAGAAGCUUCAUCUGUCCGCAGAAGACGUAGAGGCAUCAAGGAUGACCUUGCACAGGUUUGGAAACACAUCAUCAUCUUCAAUAUGGUAUGAGAUGAGCUAUGUUGAGGCCAAAGGUCGAAUGAAGAAAGGUGACAGGAUUUGGCAGGUUGGACUUGGAAGCGGUUUCAAGUGUAACAGUGCAGUUUGGAAAUGUAAUCGCACCAUUAAGAGCCCAGCUGAUAGUCCUUGGAUUGACUGCAUUCAUAGGUAUCCAGUACUGUGAAUCCCACAGAUUUUGGAGCUCUAACUUCACGGGCGGCGGCGGCGGCGGCGGUUAUUAUUAUUAUUAUUAUUAUUAUCCAGUACGUCUUUUUUUUUUUUAAAUUUGUCUUUUUAUUUUUCUUUUUCUAGCAAAACUUGUCUACUAAUAAUUUAUGCAUGCUUGUAUGCAUCCAGUAUUGAUAUAGACCGUGUCCUAUAUGUAUGUAUAUUAUUUGAGUUUCGUUUGGUAUUUCUAAUUGUUCAAGCAUGCACAUAUAAUUAUCUCCGCCUUUUGGAAGUGUGUGAGCAAGUAAAAGAUUUUAGAGCAUUGACUUAGGGCGCCAUGGCAUGAAUUUUAAUGUGGGCGCAUAAUUAAAAAAUAAUAAUAAAAAUAAAAAAGUCAGUUCAGCUUAGGACACUCCUGUUGAGAGCAGAACUUGUAUAAUGUGAUUAAAAAUUAAAAAAAAAAAUUAUAAAUCAAUCCUAAUAUAAUUUUCUUUAUAAUAUUAUUCUUAAUAGCAUCUAUAUUGAGGAAAAUACAAUCUAAAAAAAUGAAAAAAGCGUACCUAAAUAAGUAGUUAGUAGAACUGAUAUGAAAAAUCAAAAAAAAAAAAAAAAUUAUAAAUCAAUCCUAAUAUAAUUUUCUCAAUAUGCAUAAAAAUAAAAUUUUCUCUAUCAGUUCAGAUUGAUGACCCAAUGAAUUGAUCGAAGCCCAGUGCAAACUUUUUCUUUCCCUUUCUUUUAUGUUUUUUCUUUCCAUUUCUUCAUUUUUUUUUUUUUUUUUCUCUCUCUCUCCUAAAAAUAGUGUCAUUCAAGUCUAACAGUGGUAGGACGGCAAUUUCCUCCUACCCGGCAGGUUUUCGUCCCGCCGGCCCCUAAUGAAGUGGAUUUAGUGGUCCCUAAAUGGGUUUGGGAUAGAUAUGAUAAAAUAAU